AUGAAAACAAAGGCUUCACAUAAUAAUAACUCAAACUACAAGUAUACCAAUAGAAAUUAUCUUGACUGUGACACAAUACAAAUAUAUUGGGGCGGACAACAGAUAGUCGCAAAUGCUUGUAAACCGACUUCGUUAAUGUCCCAAGAAGAUCCAGUUACGGCUCGUAUCGUUUUGGUUACAUGUCCGGAUGAAUCUGUGGCAAAAAAAUUGUCUAGAGGUCUAGUCGAGGAGAAACUUGCCGCUUGUGUCAACGUUAUCCAUGGAUUGACCUCGCUUUAUUGGUGGGAUGGACAUAUUGAGGAGGCUGCGGAGCAAAUGCUCGUCGUAAAAACUGAAGACAAACAUGUUCGGGAAGUUACAGAUUAUGUUAAUAAGAAUCAUGGAUAUGAAGUUCCUGGAGUCAUCUCAAUUAAGAUUGAUAAAGGAAGUACAAAAUAUCUUAAUUGGAUUAAAGAAAGUGUAAAGGAUUAA